UUAAGUGCGCUGGCCAGUACAGCUCCACCUAACACAUUUGAAAGCCCGGAUAAUUAUGCAUUUUAAUUCAGAAUACACAUUCAAACAUGAAACAAACCCUUUAAUAAUGUAAAUGUGAACCCACAAGAGUCAUUUUAACGAAGUUAUCGUUAGGUUCUUGAGAAAACGACUACAGCGACGCAGUGUUUUCUACCACACACAGUCACGUAACAGGCACAAGUGUGAUGGCAAUAAUGAAGGUUUUAACGACAUCUAGUGGUGAAAUGGCGGAAGCGGGAGACACUGCUGAAGAGACAAUGCAGAUGACGGCUUCUACUCAAAGGACAGUGUUGUCGCUGUAUAUUCGGGUCUUUCGCAUCGCUCGAACGUGGCAAGCGCACAGCGGAGUGGCAAGUGACACACUGACUGAGAGGAAAUAUAUACUUCAGGAGGCACGCACUUUGUUCAGACAGAACCAGCAUGUGACGGAUCAACAAACCAUAAAAAGCUGUAUUGAGGAAUGUGAAGCAAGGAUAGAACUAGGUCUACAUUACAAGAACCCAUACCCAAGGGCUACCUACCUCCCACCAAUGGGACUGGCCACUCAGAAAGGCAGGAAGCUGCGAGCACAGCAACGCCUGAGGAAGCAGGCCAAGCCAAUUUACUUAAAGUCACAUGAUGAGACCUGAUGCUGCUCCAUCAAUGCUGAGCGUUCAAGUUACCAAAGAAAGGAAAAUCUAGAGUGGCAUCACAAGAUGAUCUCAUGGGGCUGAUGUAUCGCUGCCACCCACUGACCACGCUUCAUUCAGGAUAAAGACACUUUUAUAUUAUAAUUUUCUUAUUGUCUGUUUAACAUGCAUAAACAUGUUUUUGUUGUUUAAAAUGUUGUGCCAUUCAA